GUUAACGUUACCUGGGUAACGGUUCGACUGAAGAGGUUAGCUAAAGUCAUCCAGAGCAAGACGUGAAUGAACGCCGCAAACGGAAUGAAACGAGCCUGUUUACGGCACAUUAACGAAUUCAAGUUAACGUUACAUGACCUACAACUUUCAGCCAUGGAUGUACAAGGAGAAUCAUACACAAAGUCUGGUCACCUGUCUGUAGCUUGUUGUUGUAUUACCGCCCCCUGUCGUCCGUCUGGCAGCACCGACCCCGACCGCCGAGGAGGAGACGGAGAGGACGGUAUCGUUACCACGGGAAACGGCUGUCCAACGGGCGGGAGACACUUCGACCCUAAAGUCCUGUCAACUCAUACAAAAUGGGCGGACUUCACCUCUGACAGCUAAGGCUACAAGCUAUUUUAAAACGCUGGGAGACCUUCAGUCGGAGCAACUGGUGUAGAUACCAUGGCAGAAGACAAGCACUUCCUGGAUAAACAUCAAGAUGAGCUAAUACAGAGAGUAAACAACACUGCAGCCAUUCUGGAUGAGCUCCUCAGUGAAAAUGUCAUCCAGCAACACAAUUAUGAUAAAAUCAGGGCUCUGCCCACCUCUCAGGAGAUCAUGAGGGAGCUUUUUAAUCAGCCUUUGACAUCAAGUGGAGAUCAAGGAAAAGAGACCUUCUACAAAAUCCUGAAUAAACAUGAGUCUUAUCUAAUCGAUGACCUCAAGAGAAUGGAGUAUGAGAACCCCAUGAAAGUAGAAACAGUGAUGGCUAAGAAGAUGCUUUAUGAAACACUGAAUGAUUUGAGGACGGGAGAGCUUGACUAUUUCAAGUCACUCAUUGAAUUGGAGAAAGAUUACCCGCCCAUCUCAAGGAGUCGACUGAAAGUGGCAAACGCACAGGACACAGUUGAGCUGAUGGUGGAGACGUACAGGGAAGAGUGUGUGGAGUUGACCAGAAAGGUUUUAAAGAAGAUGAACAGGGCCGAUCUGGUGCAGAGACUAUCCGACACCACCUCGGGAAGCAAAGAGAAACAGUGGCCUUCACUGAUCCAGAGAGUGGAAACAAUGACAUCUGUCAUAGAGCUGCUUUUGGAAACACUGGCUGAUUUGAGAGAUGUGGAGCUCAGGGAGCUCUGGGUGUUCCAAAGGUUCCUGCGUCAAAUUCACUCGUCAGAUAUCCAACGGAGGCUGCUGAUGACGGCAGACAUGCAGGACACAGUGUUUUUUAUGGUGCUCAUUGACGGCCAGCAGUCUGUGAAGACGACCAGGAAGGUUUUAGAGAAGAUGGAGAGGACUGAUCCGGUGCAGACGUUGUCAGACAGCAGCUCAGGAUCCAAAAAAAAACACUCUGUGGAUGAACGCCUGUCUGCACUGAUCCACAAAGUGGCAACAAUGAGGGCUGUUAAAGAGCUGCUUUUGGAAACACUUAGUGAUUUGAGUAACGAUGAGCUAGAGAAAUUCAAGGUGUUGCUGCAGUUCACGUUUUUCCAGAGGAGCCUUGAACUCAUCUCAUGGGAAGAGCUGAGCCUUCCAGACACCUCAUGGAGUGAACUGAGCCCUCUACACGCUGCAUCGGGUGAAGUGAGCCCUCCACACACCUCAUGGAGUAAAUGGAGCCCUCCACUGUCCUCAUCGGGUGAAGUGAGCCCUCCACACACCUCAUGGAGUAAAUGGAGCCCUUCACUGUCCUCAUCGGGUGAAGUGAGCCCACCACACACCUCAUGGAGGGAACCGAGCUUUCUAUUUGUGUCACCGAGGAGACAAAUUAACAUGAAAGACCGACUGGUAGAUAUGAUGUUGAAGAAGUGCGGUCAACAGUCUGUGGAGGUGACCAUGGAGGUUCUGACAGACAUGAACAGAACUGAUCUGGUGCAGAGGCUGUCAGAGACCAGCUCAGGACACAAAGCUGCAGGAUCAUCAGCUGAAGCGUUUGGUGUGAGUACCACGCAGGAAGGUAUGUGUCUUAUAAAAAACUUAAAACACAAAAAACAAAAUCAAAAUAAUGUUCCUCUAAGCACUGUAGUUAUUUUAAUUUACAUUUCCGUAUAUGAACCUUUAACACAGAGUUUAAUAGCAAAGAAGACCCCAGAGAAACACUGCGUGGAUGAACAUUGGCCUGCAUUGAUCCAGAAGGUGGAAACAAUGACGUCUGUCAUAGAGCUGCUUUUGGAAACACUGGUUGGUUUAAGUGAUGGGGAGCUGGAGAUCCUCAAGAGUGUCCUCCAGACUCAGACUAACCUCCACAGAUGCUUCUCAGACAGCACAUUAAUACCGCUGAAGAUAGAGGACAGACAGGUCACAGUGUUUUUAAUGGUGCUGACCUACGGCCAACAGUCUGUGGAGAAGACCGAGGAGGUAUUAAAAGAGAUGACGAGGACUGAUCUGGUGCAGAGGUUGUCACACAGCAGCUCACAAUCCAAGAAGAAACGCUUAGAUGAACACCGAUCUGCACUGAUCCAGAAAGUGGCCACAAUGGCAGUGGUUAAACAGCUGCUUUUGGAAACUCUGAAUAGUUUGAGUGACAAGGAGCUCGAGGAAUUCAAGAAGUUCCUGAUGUGGAUCAUCUGCCAGAAGAAACUCAAAGCCAUGUCAUCACCGAUCAGCCUCACAAAAGACAGAGCAGAAAUAGUGGAUCUGAUGUUGCAGACCUACAGCCAGCAGUCUGUGUCGUUAACCAGGGAGGCUGUAAAGAAAAUGAACAGGACUGAUCUGAUGCAGAGGUUGUCAAAGCCCAGCUCAGAACUUGAAGAGAAACACUCACUCACUCUGGAUGAACAUCAAACUGCAGUGUUGGAGAAAGCAGCUGUGAAACAGAUUCUUUUGGAAACACUGAAGGAUUUGAGUUCAGAGGAGCUGGAGAAAAUCAAGUGGUUACUACAGUUCACGCAGUUCCAGAAAGGCCUUCCACGCACCUCAUGGAAACAGUUGUACUGGGCAGGCAGUACAAAAGAACUAGUUGAUCUGAUGGUCCAAACCUGUGGCCAGCAGUCUGUGGAGGUGACCAAGGAGGUUUUCAUGGACAUGAACAGGACUGAUCUAGUAAAGAAGUUGUCAGUCAUCAACUCAAGAAUGAAAGAGAAACAUCCAUCUGAAAGGCUCCAGAAGGUGGUGACCAUGACAUCACUUAUGGAUAAGCUUUUUGAAACUCUCAAAGACUUAAGUUACGGAGAGCUCAAGCAAUUCAAGCAUGUCCUGCAGCACACUACAGUGAAGAAAGGCCUCCCAAAAAUCUCAAAACAGAGAACGGAGACAGCAAGCAGAGAUGAAAUAGUGGAGCUGAUGGUGGAGAUCUACGGCGAGCAGUCUGUGGAAAUGACCAGGAGGGUUUUAAUGGAGAUGGACAGGACUGAUCUGGUAGAGAGGUUGUCAGAAGUCAGCUCAGGGCCUUCAGGAAGCUCGGAGCUUGAGGGUUGUGGAAGCGUUACGCAGGACUCCAGUGACUGGACUAAACUUGACCCUGAAGUGAACUGUACUGAUGCUGACGAGGUUCCAACUUAUAGCCUACAGUCUGAAGCAGGAAACUUUGAAUGCAGUGUCUCUGGCGUGCGUUGGGUCUGUAAGGAAAAGGUCAGCUUUAAGUACCGGUUUUGCUCUUUGAGUGGACACAUGGAGAAGAUUGAAAGUAUGCAGUACAUGCCUGCAGGUCCCCUGAUGGACAUCACAGCCAUUGCUGGAAAGUUGGAUGUAGUGUACCUGCCACACUGGAUCGCCAUAGAUGACAAUCCUACAAUAUUAGACAAGUUUGCAGUCCUACACAUAGAUGACUGUGGAGAUGUUGUGGAAAGAGUGUCUGAGGUCACAUCGUCACAUGUCAAGCUGUCUGAACCAGUUUUCUCUCUGAAAUUGAUCCUGGUGAAAUAUCUUGGCCUUUCGGUGGAAAUACACUGUAAGGUGUUAAUAUACAAGGCCGACACACCAUCCCUCAAACUCCACGUUUAUCUGAUCCCACCUGAUCGUGCUCUGAUACAGGAAUUGGAGAGAACUUUGUCACGUGAUGGAUACAAAAGAAUCCAUGAGCCACAUCCAGUGAAGCCCCUGAAAAUGCAUGAGUGGUUCACCCUAACAGCAGAUUUGGACGGCACAAAAAUUCACCCUGAAGCAUUAAUGCUCACAUAUGAAAGCACAGAACCGAAUUUCUUCAAAGUGUUGUGUACUAAAAAUCCAGACACAAACUUUGCGCUUGAGCUCAAACAAAAAAAUGAGCUUCAACCAGUGUGGACCUGUGAGAUUCAAAAAGCUGCCGUAUCAUCAGCAGGACCAUGUGACAGUGCAACAGCAAGUGCUGAACAAUCCUCCGAGCCUGGUCCAAGUUACACUGCAGGAUCAUCAGCUUUUGCAUCUGGUGUGGAUACCACGGAGGGAGGCUCUGGUUCAGCAGCAGAAGCUGAAGAAGGGUCUAGAGGUUGCCAUCAGGAACAAGAUUGAGCAGGAAGUGACGCAGAAGGCAAGCUCGUCCCUUCACAAGCCACUGAGUGUGGUUAAAGGGGCUGACGGUAAAGGCAACCCAGGAGCAGCCCGUCCAGGAACCAGCUCCAAUUAGGACAUGAUGCACAGACCUGAGGCUGAGCGUGCUAAACUCAAGGACUUAGUCACAGGGUCAAUGAACGACAUUGAUCCUGUGACUCAGAUUUAAGAUACACGCCAGCUGUCCUGUGGCUUUUGAUUCCUGAAUGUUUCAGCCGACUUCAGGCAUGUAGAAGUAGUCAGAAACCUUCUUGUACAGAUGGAUGUUAGUAGUUUUACAGUUUACAAAUGAAUGUAUAAAAUAAGAGACGUGGUAGAUGUGAUGUGUGUCACAGGGUCAUGGGAAUUAUAUACACCUCCACUAGGGGGCACCACAGGACAUUAUUGACUCUCAUGGAGUUUCAGAUUUGUUUGCUUGUUUAAAAAUCCUGAUUGAAAACAGAACAUAAGAAACCAUGAUUUUAUGAGCUUUGGAUUGUACCACCCUAAAACAGGUUUGUAUCAUUCCUAUUGUAUGAUUGUACAGAAAACAACAAAUAAUCAGAGUAAAAAAAUGUGAGUCUUAAACCUGUCACUGUCAAAGACCCUUUAAGAUAGAUAGGUUCAUGACACUUGUGUAAAUCAAGUGUAAAUCACUGUCUCUGUGAUUAUUUUAUUGGUCAUGAUUUUAGAAUAACAGAAGACUUCAGCUACAUCAAGGCUCAGGGAGGUGCUGUUGCACACGGACAGUGUAGACAAUCACAGGUGGCUUCCCAACAUAAACCCAUAUAUAUUAGUUAGAAAUGGUGACAUGGAGAGCUCAGUCCAACAGUCCUUAAAAUGUCUUAACACCUUUUUUUAAUAAAAGGCCUUAAUAUAUAAUCUAUGCUUAAUAUUGAAUGGGUCUUAAAUGAUUUUUGUCAUGUCACCCCACAAAUUUCCAGUGUUGCGUCGAAGCCUAUUUAACACUGACGGUGUGUGCUACGCAUUUUAACAAGAGGGAAACACCAUUCGCCAGGGGAACAGACUUCAAAUCAACAACAGCAUGAGCGCAGUGGCCCUAUUUUCACUCUGUUUAUGAAUACUGAAGUAAAGUGUAAGUACGUAAAAAUUGUACUCAAAGGUUUACUAUGUCGGAUUGUUGUUUGUUUGCAAACAUGCUCACCAACCACAGAGUGUAUCUGUGCUAUAUUUGCAGAGGGUAUUUUUUUGUCAGUCUGGCACCUGGUCACCACCUUUUUAUAAAGCUCUUAUCUCACACAAGGGCUGUGAUAUACACACACAUAAAUGUCCCGAUCACAGAAUAUAAAAAAAUACAGGCAGGGUCUUUACAGAGAAAUACGGCGCCACACACUGAGAGCGGGUCAAAAGUGAUGAUUAAGAGGGAUUACUUCUGUAUGAGUCUAUACAUUGUUUUUUCUUUUGUAAGGGAAAUCCUGCAUAGUACCAUAUAUUUUAUGUAUAUUACUUAAAUAAAUGUACUCAAUUACA